AUGUUCUCCCUCUCCCGUCCCAUCUUCUUCACCACCCUCCUGACCCUCCUCUCCUUUCUCUUUCUGAGCACCCAAGCGCUCGUGUUGGGUAACCAACCUCAAGCCGACACAUUCACAAAGCGCGGUCCUCCGGGACCAGGCCCCUGGCCUCCCACCGUCUGCAACCCGACCGACGCAGGGCCAGGCCUCCAAGCACGGCAACAAGCCGCGCUCGCCGACUUUGCGUACCUCUUCUUCGACCUACACGACGUACAAACCGCGUUUGAUCGCUGGGUUCCCGGACAAUACAUCAACCACAACCCGUUCGCUACCCAAGGCCGCACAGACGCCAUCGACAUCCUCACCGACCUCUUCGCCGACGGAACCGUGACGACCGACGUGCAGCGCAUAUUCGCAGGCCAAGGGUACGGCGCCGUCCACCAGAGGAUGGAGUUCCCCGGCGUCGUGACAUUCUCCGUCAUCGAUUAUUUCAGAUUCGAAGGAACCUGUAUCGUCGAGCACUGGGAUGUCGCGCAGGAGGUCACUGGAACUGAGACCAACCCUAUCGCUUUCUUCUAG